AUGGCUUCUUUGUUAUUCACUGGAGGAUAUGAUGAUACUAUUAAUUGUUGGGAUAUAUCAACUGGUGUACCAUCUAAAAGAAUUACAUUUGAACAAACAAUGAAUAAAAUGGUUAUUAGUCCUGAUAGAUCAUAUCUUGCUGUUGCAAGUAAUCCUCAAGUUAAAAUUUGGGAUUUAAAUUCUAAAAUGGUUGCUCCUGUAAAAUCUUAUGAAGGACAUAAAGCAAAUGUAUGUGGAAUUGGAAUUUCAAGAGAAGGUCAAUAUAUUUAUACUUGUUCUGAAGAUGGAACAGCAAAAACAUGGGAACCAAGAACUUGUUCAACAUUUAGAGAUAUAUCAUUUGGUUCUCCUUGUAAUUGUAUUGCAUUACAUCCUAAUCAAUCUGAAAUAAUUGUUGGUUUACAAGAUGGUAGAUUAUGUGUUUGGGAUACAAGAAAUAAUGUUAUUAGUCAAGAAAUAAUCCCUGAAUUAAAUCAGUCAAUUCAAUCUGUUGAUAUUACUGCUGAUGGAUUAAAUAUUGCAGUAUUAUUAACUCAUGGUAAAUGUUUCAUUUAUUCAACUAAUUUAACUCAAGAAAGUACAAUUGGUACUUUAUCUUUAAUUACUUCUUUUGAAGCUCAUUCUACUUUUGGAACUUGUUGUAAAUAUUCUCCAAAUACAUUAAAUUUAGCAACAGCAUCAGCUGAUAGAACAAUUAAAAUAUGGAAAGUAAAACAAAAUUAUUCAUUAGUUCAAACUUUAAAUGGUCAUAAUGGAUGGGUAUGGGAUAUUACUUUUAGUAAUAAUAGUGAAUAUCUCAUUUCAGCUUCAACUGAUACAACUGCAAAACUUUGGGAUUUAAAAAGUGGAGAACCAAUUCAGACAUAUGCAGUUCAUGAAAAAGGAGUUGUUUGUCUUGCAUUACAUGAUAAAGUUGUUGCUUAA